AACUAGGACACUCAACAGUUCAGCUAGCCAACUCUGAAAGGUGGGAACACCAAGUUAGAGAUCAGUGGAUACUACAGGACAAAAAAAGAGAAUGAACGUGGAGACUCGGGAAGGGAAGAGGGAACAGUGGAGCUCUAAAACAGAGUUCCUCCUCACAGUUUGUGGUAACGUGGUCGGCCUGGGAAAUGUAUGGAGGUUCCCCUAUCUCUGCUAUAAGAACGGUGGAGGUGCCUUCCUUCUGCCCUACCUGCUGUACGUUGGGCUAUGUGGUCUUCCUCUGUUCCUUCUCGAGACAUCAAUUGGUCAGUACACCCAACAGGGCAUUGUCACAUGCUGGAGGAGCUUAUGUCCGCUUGCUGAAGGUGUUGGCAGGGCAGAGCUUCUCAUCCUGAUCUAUGAUUCUAUCAUUUACCUCGUGAUCCUGGCCUGGACUCUCUUCUACCUGGUGUUCUCUUUCAGUUCUCAGCUACCCUGGGCCAGCUGUGGUAACACCUGGAACACAGAUCAAUGUGUGGAUUUCACUUCACUAAACCAUACUGCCAACUGUACCUCCAACAUCACCACUACUUCUGCUUCCACUGAGUUCUGGGAGCGUCGUGUGUUGGCUAUCUCUGGAGGCAUUGAAGAGGUAGGCAGUGUAAGAUGGGAGCUGAUGCUCUGUCUCCUCGCCUGUUGGGCUGUCUGCUACUUCUGUAUCUGGAAAGGAAUCAGGUACUCAGGAAAGGUGGUGUAUUUCACUGCCACAUUUCCCUAUCUGAUGCUCUUGGUGUUGCUGGUGAGAGGGUUGACUUUACCUGGAGCUUGGGAGGGGAUUCAGUUUUACCUGUAUCCAGACCCAGUCCGCCUUGCAGACCCCCAAGUCUGGAUGGAAGCAGGAACGCAGGUGUUCUUCUCCUACUGUAUUGGACGGGGAAGUCAAACUGUUUUGGGAAGCUUCAACAAAUACAACAAUAACUGUUACAUGGACAGCUUUUGGCUGUGUCUGCUGAAUGGUUGUACCAGUUUUGUGGCUGGAUUUGCAGUCUUCUCGGUGCUGGGAUUCAUGGCACAGAAACAGGGUGUUUCUGUUGCGAUGGUGGCAGAGUCAGGUCCUGGUUUGGCAUUCAUCGCCUUCCCCCAGGCAGCAGCCAUGAUGCCCUUGCCACAGCUCUGGACGGUCUGCUUCUUCAUUAUGCUUCUUCUGCUGGGAAUUGACACACAGUUUGUCAUAAUGGAGGGAGUGAUAACAUCUUUCACAGACUUAUUUCCUGUUACACUGCGAAGGCCCCGAUAUCGAGAGGGCUUUGUGCUCCUCUUCUGUCUCUCCUGCUUCCUUAUACAGCUGACUCUGAUCACAGAGGGUGGGAUCUUUGUGUUCCAGCUCAUUGAUUACUACGGCUGCAGCGGAGCGUGUGUUCUCUUUGUGGCUGUGUUUGAGUCACUGGCAGUGGGAUGGAUCUUUGGGGCAGAUCACAUGGAGGAUGCCAUUAAGGACAUGACUGCACAGAAACCGUGUGUCCUCUUCAGACUGUGCUGGCGUUACUUCACCCCACUUGUGUCUCUGAGUUCCUUUAUUUUACACAUGGUGGACUAUAAACCUCUCAAGUUUAACCGCUGGUACAUGUACCCAGACUGGGCCUAUGCACUGGGCUGGGCCAUGGCCCUCUCCUCCAUCCUCCUGGUGCCACUGUGGGGGAUUGGCAAGAUCUGCAUUGGCACAGGCAGCCUCAGACAGCGCUUGGCUGUCCUUUGUCACCCCGAUGACGACCUCCCUCUAAACCGGCAGGGGAAAUGCCAAAACUCAGAAAUGGAGACAUUGCAAGAUAUUAACAAGCACAUUUGAGCUUCAUUUUGCUUACCAAGGUGACUGCUAAUGCCCAGCGCUUAGCGGUGAUAUUGAUUGUUUGACAUCUUGUUUAUUAAAACUAUAUCCCACGCA